AUAACACUGCGCGGCCGCCCCACGCGCACCACGUGCUAGGGGAGCAGGCGGGCAGAUGGCUGAGUCUGUAAGCGGGAGGCGUGCCCGGCUCAUCCAUGGCGCAAGAUGGCGCUGCUCUUUGCACGUUCUUUGCGCUUGUGCCGCUGGGGAGCCAAACGAUUGGGAGUUGCCUCCACAGAGGCCCAGAGAGGCGUCAGUUUCAAAUUGGAAGAAAAAACCGCCCACAGCAGCCUGGCACUCUUCAGAGGUGAUACGGGUGUCAAAUAUGGCUUGGUGGGAUUGGAGCCCACCAAGGUGGCCUUGAAUGUGGAGCGCUUCCGGGAGUGGGCAGUGGUGCUGGCAGACACAGCGGUCACCAGUGGCAGACACUACUGGGAAGUGACAGUGAAGCGCUCCCAGCAGUUCCGGAUAGGAGUGGCAGAUGUGGACAUGUCCCGGGAUAGCUGCAUUGGUGUUGAUGAUCGUUCCUGGGUGUUCACCUAUGCCCAGCGCAAGUGGUACACCAUGUUGGCCAACGAGAAAGCCCCAAUUGAGGGUAUUGGGCAGCCAGAGAAGGUGGGGCUGCUGCUGGAGUAUGAGGCCCAGAAGCUGAGCCUGGUGGAUGUGAGCCAGGUCUCUGUGGUUCACACGCUACAGACAGAUUUCCGGGGUCCAGUGGUGCCUGCCUUUGCUCUCUGGGAUGGAGAGCUGCUGACCCAUUCAGGGCUUGAGGUGCCCCCGGGCCUCUAGUAUUUCCAUUACUGGAGUCCCUAAUCACGCUGUUGGCCAGCCUCCUUUUGAAAAUGUCUGAAGCCUUUUUACUUUGCCUCAAGCAACCUCUAGCUCCCGCAGUUCAAUGUUGGGUCCUUUGUGCAAUAUCAUAAUCAUCUUCCUCAUCCCCUACCUUGUGAAAGCUAGGCAUACAGCCAAACCCUCCUUCUCCCACCCACCAACUACUGCCAAUUUCCUAGGCUACCAUGGGUGAUAUAUCUUCCCUGACCUGCUUCCUUCAGUCCCUCUGCUUCCCUUUGCCCAGACCUUUCUCAGACUGUAUUCCAUCCUGGGGUCUUAUCAUUCAGCUUUGUUUGAAUUUAUUAAUCACCAUGAUACCUCUCCCUCCCUUUGUCCACAUGUAACUUGUUUGUUCUUGGGGCUCUACCAGAUCGCUGAAGAGUAAAUCCUUUCUACCUCUGGCUGAAGGAGUGGUGCAGUCAAUGACUUGGCCCUUUUUCUACAGCACAUUCAGAGUUUGGGCUCUGGCUCCCUCAGUAAGUGCUUUAUUAACUCAGUGUGUCAAAAUGAAAACAGAGCCCUCCUUCCCCAGUAGCUCAGUGCCAUAGACCUUCAGCCCCAGACAGCUGUAGCUCUCCUUACCCUGAGUCCAUCUACCUUAAUCUAUACCUCUGACACCCAGCCAGUCUGUCAUAAUCAUUAUCCCAGUUAUAACCAUGACCAAAGGGGAAGAGAGACACUUGGGGGAUAUCUAGGGUAUGAGUGCUAGAAACUGUUGAUUCUUUUAUUUAUUUUUUGAGACAGUCUCACUCUGUCACACAGACUGGAGUGCAGUGGCAUGAUCUUGGCUCACUGCAACCUCUGCCUUCAGGGUUCAAGUGACUCUCGUGCCUCAGCCUCCUGAAUAGCUGGGAUUACAGGUGUGUGCCACCGUGCCCGUCUCAUUUUUAUAUUUUUAGUAGAGAUGGGGUUUCGCCAUGUUGGCCAGGCUGGUCUCAAACUCCUGGCCUCAUGUGAUCCACCCACCUUGGCCUCCCAAAGUGCUGGGAUUACAGGUGUGAGCCACCAUGCCCAGCCAAAACUGUUUAUACUUGAGAAGUUCCAUCUUCAUUUCUGCCACAGUUGGAACUUCCCGAGGAAGGAGGAAGGCCUGAGGUUUUUUUGCACAAUCUGUUUCAGAGCCUGUUUAGACUCAAACCUACACUUCCCUUGGCAGCAGAAUAUACUUAACCUAAAGCAGUAUUUGGAGUUGAGAAAAACCUGGCAGGGUAAGUGAAUAUGUACUGUUUGGUAGAGUAGGUAGAGAAGCUGUGCUCUGACCCUGUGAUUCCAUCUUUUUCUACCUUCUAUGAUGGUGAUGAAGCUAGAUACCCCUAAGGAAGAAAGAAGGACUGGGUUUAGCGAAAAUGAUUUGAUAAUUAAAGUUUAUUUGAACACAAAA